UACCAGGAGCCUCAGCAGGAAAGAACAGUCCACGUUUACUCUGCAGCAGGAUGAAGCUUGUCACCGCCAUCAUUUUCUGCUCCCUGAUCCUGACUGUCAACAGCCAAAGAUGGUUCAAUUUCCUCAGGGAAGCUGGUCAAGGGACUAGAGACAUGUGGAGAGCCUACUCUGACAUGAGAGAAGCCAAUUUCAAAAACUCUGACAAAUACUUCCAUGCCAGAGGCAACUAUGAGGCUGCACAAAGAGGUCCUGGCGGAGUGUGGGCCUCUAAAGUGAUCAGUGAUGCCAGAGAAGCUUCUCAAAGAGUCACCGACUUGUUUAGAUACGGAAACAGUGGCCACGGAGUGGAGGACUCAAAGGCCGACCAGUUUGCCAAUGAAUGGGGCCGGAGUGGUAAAGACCCCAAUUAUUUCAGACCUGCAGGCCUGCCUGACAAGUACUGA